AUGACUUCCACCACCAAGACGGUGGCUUUCUUCGGCGCUAGCACUGGCGUCGGUCUGUCAGCUCUCAAGCACAGCCUUGCAGCAGGUCUUCAAUGCACGGCGCUCUGCCGGACUCCCUCCAAGCUCGAGGCCAUUUUCCCAGCGGAUUCUACACCCAAUCUGAAGAUCAUCAAAGGCGACGCUCACGAUAUCACCGCGGUCACCCAAUGCAUUCGUACUUCGGAUGGCAACCUUGUCGACAUGAUCAUCACCACUAUCGGCAGCCGACCAAUUUGGUACAAGAUGACCAUCGAAGACCCAGAAUGCUGCCGAAAAGGCGCAGCCGUCCUUAUUGAAGCAAUCGCUCAACUUCGAAGCCAAGGGGCAACUGGUCGCCCCUACAUUGUGCCCUUCAGCACCACCGGCAUGUCGCGCUUUGGCCGCGAUUAUCCUCUUGCCAUGUUCCCGAUCUAUCUUUGGUUGCUCAAGGCUCCCCAUGAGGACAAGGAGAUCAUGGAAGAUCGAUUCAUUGCUAGCGGGGAGACUUUUACGAUUCUUCGGGGAAGUAUCCUUACCGAUGGGGAGACUGCGAAGACCGUUCGGGUCGGCGUUGAAGAUCCCAAGACUGGUCGGGAGUCUACCGCGAUCGGAUAUUUCAUUUCGAGGGAGGAUUCGGGGCGAUGGAUCGCGGAGAAUCUCAUUUUGAAGAAGACUCCGGAGUAUGAGAACAAAAUCCUCAUGAUUACUACUUGA